AUGUUUCUGACAAAAAUACCCUCUGCUGGAUUUGGAAUUAAAAAGACUCGUGUCAAAGGCAAACAUAUUCGGACGGGAGAUUCACGUCCAAACAUAAUUAACGCUUUACAAAAAGUAUCAGAUGAAGAAUUUUUAAAGUAUGUUGUAAAAGAUGAAAAAAUGGCGUUUGAAAGCCUUGAUGUUAGUCAAACCCCAUGGAUUAUCAAUGGCGUUAAAUUGGCACCAACUUCUGUUUCCGAAUGCAUUGGAGAAAAAAUACGCGAACUACUUAGACCAUUUUUCAUGGAGAUAAUCAAUCCCCGGAAUCCAUUUCCAUCUCAAAAAGCUCUAAAUGCUGUACAAGAAGAAAUAAAUAAGGAAAAUUUGGGAAGAACUGUUCCAAAUUUUGGGGAUAUGAUCGGAUGUCAUGCAGAUAUUUUAGCUUUGGAUGUGUUAGAAGUUGAUUUGGAUACCGAAGAUAAAGACCUUGAACAUGAAGGAUUCCUUAUUUCACAUAGUCAAACCGUCCUGCUUAUCAACAAAUUUAUCUUACCGGGCAAAAUUUGGUUAAAACUA